GCGGAGAAGCUUAUUCAGGACUUUGAGGAUGGGCAGGAACAGGGGCAGGGACUGCAGCCGCAGUUCAACAGCACCGCCGCCACCACGCCCAACUGCACUGCCUCCUCCUCGAUGGCCAACUUUCGAACGCUCAUUUCGACGACGCCGGCCAGUGUUACCGUGGCGAAGACGGUCAGAACGAUUGAAGAGGUGGUGGCGAAGAAGCAGGCGGAGGUGAUUGACAUAAUUGAUGAUGAGGAAGAAGAAGAAGCGGAGAAAACAGGGGAAACAGUGGAAGAGGAGUCGAGUCCCGAGCUGGUGGAGGAGAUUGAGGUGGUGAAGAGGAAGAAGAAGACGACAACGACGACGACAACAGCAGCGACAAAGUCGGCGGCGAGCAAGGCCAAGGGUCGAAAGGCUUCGGCAACUGCCUCUGUUUCCUCCGCUUCUUCGACCACCUCAUCGCGCACCUCAAAGCGCUCCAAAGCCUCGGUCGUCUCGAGUGUUCUGGGCACUGGUAAGGNGAAGAUGCGGGCUGAGGCGCUGGCUGCAGCUAAGGGAGGCGGUCGACAGCAGCCGACGCCCAGCAAGCUCGCCCAGGUGCGCACUUCCUCGAAGCGGCUGCAGAAGAAGCUAAAUGAGGACGAAGUGGAGGGAAUCAAGGAGGAGGAGGAAAGCCUCUCGCCGAUCAACCGAAGCAGUCGAAAGCGAACUGUCCGGGCGAUCAGUGAUGAUGAGGAGGAGGAGGAGGAAGAAGAGGAGAAUGAAGAAGAAGUUCACGACAGUGGUGCUGGACUAAGCAAUCAGCCGACGUUGAAUUUGAAUAAUCAGCGAAGUGCUACUACCACGACCACCAGCAACAGCAACAACCUGCCCACCUACUCGACCUACUCUGCCGGCGUCAUGUCCACCUACCCUGAUGAGGAGGAAACUUCAAUGGAGGACGAUGAAGAGCAGCAGGAUGAAGAGGAGGAAGGUGAUGAGGAGCAGGAGGAGGAGGACAGCAUCGACGACUACAUCGGCGACAGCAUCGAGGAUGAAGAGGAGGAGGAGGAAGAGCUGGGCGAGCUCACACAGCCGCUCGGCCACUCUACCAUCAUUGAACGUACUUCAGCGGCCGAAGAGGAGGUGGUGGAGGCUCCAAAAUCAUCAGCGAAACCUCCCUCGCAAAGACCACCGCUGCUGAUGCUGUCCGGCUUCACGGACGAC